AUGUCGACCAAUGUGAUCAAAAAGGACUACCCAAUUGGCGUAGUGGGUGGUGACCCUGAGUCUUGCGCCAGAGGAAGCAUCUCGACUUUGCGGGUGUGCACUGAAAUUUCGAUCAGUCCUACCCGUCGCUACAUUUCGGUAUCUGUCGCGUCGCACCUCCAGCCAAAUUGGUAUCGAAAUUUCAAAUUCAAAUUCCCGUUUCCACGCGUGCCCCGCGGCGGCGACUGCUUCGGACCCCUAAUUGGUCCUUUGGUGGUUCCGUGGUACGGUUUGAUGCAGGCCUUUGAUGUGGUCUCAUGGGCGGUGAGUCCCACAGAGUACAAGAUUAGCCGCGCGCAAUUCAAUACCCUAAUCCGGCUUAGGGAACAGCAA